CAAAGCUGUUUUCCCUCGACCCCCACACCACCCUGUCAGCCCCGAGACAAACUGCCGUUGGAUAAGGUAGAACUGUUCCGCAGGUAUCCUCUGCUGAGGAUCCUAUUCUAUUUCCAUACUUGAUACUCAUCCUUUGGACCUGAACUCGCCUUUGACUCAGGCAGUCAUGGUUACUCCAGUGUUCUCCAUACUGGGCUACAUCUACUCUCUGAGCCUCCUGCCUCUGCUGCUGCCUGGUUCGAGCCAGGGCAGUCCCAUCAUGUCACCUGAGGAGUUUCGAAGGGGCCCUGGGGCUAGAGGUCUGGUGGAUACCUCCAUGUUGGAGCAGAAUGAAGACCUGGACAUGCAGGACUUUCAGGGUCAGUUUCUGUCCACAUUGAACCUCACAGAGCUGGGCCUCCGGCCAAGGCCCCGUGAGGCCCGUAAAGAGCCACCAGAAUACAUGCUGGAACUGUACAACCGCUUUGCCAACGAUCGCACGGCCAUGCCCUCUGCCAACAUAGUGCGUAGUUUCAAGAAUGAAGAUUCCUCCUUCUACAGUGUGACGGUCAGGGGCGUGAGGACACACCCCCUGCUAUUCAACAUCUCCAUCCCCCACCACGAGCACAUCCUCACCGCCGAGCUCCGCCUCUACACCCUGGUCCAGAGGGAUCGCAGAUGCUACGCCGGCCUUGAUCGCAAGGUGACCAUCUACAAGAUCCACGAGGGGGGGCACUGGAGGAAAAAAGAGGGGAGGGACGAAAGAAGGAAUGAGCAGGAGACAGACAAAAUGGAGGAAAUGGAGGUGCUGGCAACCCGGCAAGUCUAUGGUAAAGACGAUGCCUGGAUUACCUUUGACCUGACCCAUCAGGUCAACCUUUGGUGUAAGGCAGAGAGCUCCGCCCACCGACUGGAGGUCCACAUUGCAAGUCUGGGUUCUGAUGGUGGGAAGACCCCCCAGGUCAGAGAAGAGGAUGGAAGGAAAGAGUUGGUCGAUGUGGAUGUUGACAUGGGCUCAGAUGGUAAACACAUGCCAGUGGUGGUUGUGUUCUCAGAUGAUCAGAACAGAGACCAUCGUGAGGAGGACAAGCGGGAGCUCAACCAGUUUACAGAACAUGAGAAUGACCUGCCGGCUGACCUGGAGUCGAGUCCACAGGUGAAUUGGGGGGACCAGGCUGGGAGCGAAGCUAGAAACACUGAUGGAGAGGAGCUGGACGAGGAGACUCUCAUGCAACUGCACUCCAACCUCAUUUAUGACACGCCUCCCCGAAUCCGCCGCAACACCAAGGGUGACCCCUGUAAGAAGACCCCUCUCUAUGUGGAGUUUAAGGACAUUGGCUGGGAUACUUGGGUCAUACAGCCCCUGGGCUAUGAAGCUUAUGAGUGCAAUGGUGUAUGCAGCUACCCUAUGACCUCUGAGGUCUCGCCUACCAAGCACGCCAUUGUCCAGAGUCGGCUGAGCAGUAAGAUUCCACAGAAGGCGUCACCAGCCUGCUGUGUUCCCACCAAGCUAGAGCCCAUCUCACUCCUUUAUGUCGAGGAUGGAGGAGUGGUCACCUACAUGCACAAGUACGAGGGCAUGGUGGUGUCAGAAUGCGGCUGUAGAUAGUCAUAGAACUGACUGUAGGUUCAGGAGAGAGGUAUAGAGACUGUGGAUUAACGUAGACUGAGUGGUCAUCAAUUUCACUAUCAAGAAGAAAAUCAGAUCAAAAGUGCCUAUUUGAAAAUAAUACAUUUCUGCAAACAUUAAGGAUACUUGCUUUGUGAGCUAUUAGCAGACAUAUAGUGUAAACCAUAUUAAGGGCAUGAAUAAUUUCUAUAUCUAUAUUUUGCAGCAUCAACUACAUUGUAUGACAAAGAUAAACAGUGGAGGCGUAAAUAGGAAGAUGACAGAGCAAGAGGGUCCUGCCUGUAUGUGCAUUCAAUUAUGUACAUUUGCCAUUUGUAAAAGUACAUUUCUUAUUAUAUUGAGAUUAUAUAAAUGCUAUUUUACAAUGCCAGCAAUCUAAUUUUUUUUUUUAAAAUAAAAAGUGAAAUGUGAAUAUCA